UAUUGCUACUUAUUAAUAUUAUGCAUAUUAUUUUCCGGAACUCAUUUAAAGCAUUUAAAUGAUUGAUUAUUAAGCAUCAAAAGAUCCAAUAUGUCGAUCCUUGUGUUAAUGAUAUUUUACCAUAAGAGAUUCGUUAUCUACAUUUCAUUAUUUCAUGUUAAAAAGAAUGAGGGCGCUGUAUGUACUCAUUUAUAACCUCAUUUUGAAAUGUUUCGGGAUCCUAGAUGCACAAAAUAUCGAAAACCUCGUUCGUUCCAUGGAACGCCAUUCGGUAAAUAUGUUACCGCAGCAGUUGGUAUUUCGUGUGGCAUUGUUUACGCAUUUUCGUAUGGUUUAUCUCGUCUACGAGUCAUACACGAAGUUAUAGAAAAGCUCAGAAUUGACCUAAAUUACAAUAUCAUUGGAAAUGAUAUAAUAGAAUGGCAUUUGGAACAAAAAUUAUGGGAACGAUUAAAAAUUAGAGAAGAAGAAGAAGCUAGAAAUAUAUAAUAAUUGAAUCUGUUGGAAAGAAAUAUAAUAUGGAUAUUGAAAAAUGUGAUAAAAAUGUACAGAAAACCGACAGUGAAGUUGGUACAUCUCUAUCUUUGGAUUCAGAUACAAAUAUAUCAGAUUUUAAAUCUCCAAAAAUAAAACCAAUUGAAAAAUUAAAACUGUUUAACUUCAAAUUAACGACUAAGAAGAAAGAUACAUGUAAAAAAACUAACUUAAGUAAAGGUUUAAAUAAGAAAACAAGUAAUCAGUUAAAAAAAAAUAUUUUUGAUGUUCAUACACGAACAGAAUCAAGUACAUGUAUAGAAAAAAGUGAAUCUGUAAAACUUUCAAAUGAUACAAAGGUAGCAUAUGUAUGUCCAUUAUGUUUUAAAAAUUUUAAAGAUACUAAUAGUAGGAUACUUCAUAUGAAAAAUUGUGCUGCAAAAAAUAAUGUUUCUAUGGAAAAAUUAUUACAAGCUAUGGAGUUACAAGAACGUCAAUCUGCAGAAAGAGUUUCUCUUGGAUUACUUGCUGCACCUGUGUUACAGAAUAAAAAACAGACUACUAUAAAUAAAAUGUUUUUGGCAAAGGAUCAUCAACUGGCAAAGGAUCAUCAACUGCAACUUGCUCUUGCACUUUCUAAAUCUCUUUAUGAAGCUGAAGAAGUAGGGAAUUGUAGUGAAAUAGAGGAUUUAGCUGAUAUAUGUUUAACGAAAGAUUCUACUAAGGAACUUUCAGAUAAAAAUUUAAUGGGAAAUGUUACUAAUCGAUUUCAAAAGAGAAAAAAGCAAACUUUUAUAACAGUAUUACAAACUCGUUCAAAAGAAGAAAGGGAUCGUUUAAUAACUGAAAAAAUAGCUGAGAUUUUAAUAGAUAGUGAAACACUUAAUCAGACCCAACAACAAACACAAAAUAAAUUCGAAAAUAUAAAAAGAAAUAAUUUGAGAAGUCAUAUCCUUAAAAAAUACUUAAAUUUGGAUAAUAAAUUAUGGAAUUCAGCAAUGUUACAGUUAAGUCAAGAAGAUUUUUAUGUCAUAAAUCUAUCACCAUAUAUAAUCCCAAGUACAAAACAAACAUUUAUGGAAAGUGAAAGUGAUUUAAAUAUCUCAAAUAAGUCUGAACAAAAAGAUUCAUUGCCAACUGAAUCUAAUUUACAUUCAAAUGAAAAAGAAAAUUCAAAUAUAUCACAAAAAGUGGAUAUAAAAUUAUUUCCAAAUACAGAAAAAGAGGAUAUUAACAUACAAUCGUCGAUUAAUACUCUAAUACUUGAUUGGGGAAAUGCAUUAAACAAUAGUUCAUCAAGUGAUACAAUAAUAUUUGUUAAUGGUGGUAAACAUAUUUGGGUACAUAAAUUGGUUUUUUAUAUACGCUGUUCUAAUAUUUUACUUGAUAUAAUUCCAAAUAACAAUACAGUUUACUCAGUUAAAGAAAUGAUUUGCUGGACUGAUGUAGAAUACCUUAUUGCUUUAGCAUUUUUAGAAUUUCUUUAUUGUGGAAUUAUUAAAAAGCAUGCAAUUUCCAUUAAUGACAAUAUUGCUAUAUCUUCUCUGGGACGUUUAGCAAGAAGAUAUAAAGUAAAAGAAUUAUUCACUUAUCUGCGUCUUAAAUAUUCAAAAAAUGAUAAAUUUGAUUUAUAUAAACAAGAUAUACAAGAAAUUUGUAAUAACAAUGAUAAGCAAAAUGAAUUUGUAGAAUAUAAUAUGCUAACUCCAAAAAAAGAUAUUAAUGAUGUUAAUUGUAGUAAUCAAAAUAUGCCUGAUAUUUCUAUAAUGGAAAAUUCGCAUGAUAAACAAUUAAAAACAAAUAUAAAAUCUCCAGAAAAGUGUGUGGCAUUUGUGGAUAGAGGAAACAGCAUGUCUCCAGAUAUAUUCAAUGAUACAAAUGAUGUUAAAUUAAAUCAUACAAAUGUGGAACAUUUAAAUAAAAAUCUUGAUAUAUUAUUCAGUCCAAUUCAAUGCAAUUCAAAAAAUAUUACAAAUCAAAUUUUAUUGUCGUCAACAAUAAAUAAAAGUAGAUCUCCUACUGAUGAAUGUGUACUUAAUGAAUCACUAAUAACGACUCCAAAAAGUGAUCCAAAUAUAGCAGAUAAAAUAAAACCAAAAAGUAAUCUUACAUUAUUUAUUGAAGAAGUUCAGAGAGAAAAUGCUAAAUCAGACUUUGCUUCAGAUUCUGAAAUAGACUCUUUAACUAAAUCGUUCAUUCAAUACAAUAAGAAUCCAUUUAGAAAGAAGGAUUAUGAUGAAUAUAGUAUUCUCGAUAAACUUUAUAAUUCUAAACUUUCUCCAGAUCAAUCAGAAAAGAAACAAAAUUGCUUGAGUAAACUUGAAAGUGAUAUGCAGAUUCAUGCUAAUGAAAAUCCACAGUUAUACAAUAUAACAAUAGAUAAAAAUCUUACUACACUUACUGAACAUAAUCAUACAGAUUUAUUAUCAUCAAUAAAAGAAAUUAAAACUAGUAGUACAUAUAAUGAUAAAAAUUUCUCAGAGAAAACUAUUCCAAAUUCACAAAUCAAUAAUGUCUCUAGAACAACAUCAUCCUGUUCAAAUAGUGAAAUGGAUAUAGAUAAUCUAGAUAUAUCUGGAAAAAAUAAAAGAAAAUAUACUGAUAAUAGUAUAGUUGUAUAUCGAUCUGCUUCGAAAAAAUAUAAAAAUAGUAUGACUGAAAUUAAAAAUGAUAAAAUAGAAAAUAAUAAGGCCAGUGUAUCAAACUCAGAAGAAGUUGAAGAUGAAAUAGAAAUCUAUGAUACUUUGUUAAAUAAUAGUUUUCGACAUAUAGAUGAUUUUAAAGAACAAGAUAUAGAUAAUUGUAAUAAUGAUAACUUAAAAACUCAAAUUACCAAUAAUGAAAGCUUUAUUAAUGAUUACUCCAAUAUUUUUAAUUUAGUUUCUCCUGAAAUAUCUGAUAUCGAAAAUCAGAAUGACAGUCCUUUUAAAUUAUCAACCAAUCCAGAUUCUAUUGUAAUAUCCUCUAGUUCAGAUACAGAUAUUAACAGUCAAGAUAUUAACAACUUCAAUAAAAAUGAUAACCUCAGUGCUCUAUAUUCAAAAAUACAAGAAUCUGACGAUGAAUUGCACUGUACUUUUUCGAAUGAAAUACAUUUUUCAAACAUUGAUACUCAUAACAGAAUUGAACAUAUUUCUUUACGUAAUAAGGCAUUGAACGUUUUUUCAAAAAAUACAAGAUCAAGUAAAAGAUGUAAAUCUGAAGAGAAUUUACAAAUUAAUUAUACGACUGAAGAAAAUGAUAAACCUGAUCAAUUCAAUAAUUUGGAUAGUCUUCGAUGUCAUAAAGAAGAUAACAACAAGUUGAUUAUAAAAAAUAGAUUAUUUACUAUAACUGAAAAUUAUAAUAUUUUAUCACCAAAUUAUGAUGUUAUGGAUACUGCUGAGCUUUACAAAGAAAUGCAAAAAUAUGGAUUAAAAGUACAAAACCGAAAUAAAACUAUUAAAUUACUAAAAUAUAUUUAUAACGAAUUACAUCCGACUAUCGAUUUAUAUGAAACAAUAGAUACAAGUGCUAAAAAUAUGUAUAACGAAUGUGAAGAGCCACAAAAAAAAAGACUAAAGGUAGAUAUUAAUUUAUCGAAUAAAUACAGUAACAUCGAACGUGAAUGUAAUAUAUUUCCCUUCAAAAAUAGGAGUUCAAGUGAUUAUUCCACAAGAAUGGAAACUGCAGCAGAAUAUAGUAACAAUAUUGAAAAUUUAAUUACAUUAAGUGAUUGUGUUACCAUAAAAGAAGCAUUUUCAAAGUUGAUAGAAUUUAAUAAAGAUUUACAUAAUAAAAUUUUACAAUAUGAACCAUUGAAUAUAGAAUUAUUGCAUCACAUGUUAAAAACAAAUGGUUUCAAGUGCAAAAUUAAUUCUCUCAUUGAUUUUUUGGAUGAACAGUGUAUCACAUUUUAUUUCCCAGAGAAUAAAACAAAAACCAAAAAUAGAAAAUAACGUAAUUA